AUGGAAAUUAAUGAAAAAAUUGAAUCAUUGAAAUAUAAAAAUUGUAAAGUUAUCGUUACAAACGUGGAUUGUCAAGCAUCGAAUGAUAAUGGAAUAUUAAUUCAAGUGGUGGAUUUUAUGAGCAACAAUGAUGAUAAAGUACCAAGAAAAUUUGUACAAACAUUUUUUCUUGCAACACAAACAGAUGGCUGCCAUGUCGAAAAUGACUAUGACAUUUGUUUGAAUGUUGAAAAUCCAACUUUACAAACAAAAGAAAGCCUCAAAGAUUACCCCUCUUCAACAUCUCCAGUUGAAACUUUGGUCGAGGAAGAUAUUAGCAAAUCUGUUUUCUUGGAAUCUAUUGAUGUAUCUAUCUCUUCUACCAAAACUGAUCAAUCAAUAAGAUCAUCUUCUGUCUCAGAACAACCACAACAAAAAUCAAUUGUUAAAUCAAUCACUCCUAAUUCAACCACGCAACCUGUUAUCCAGCAAAGUCACUUUGCUAAUCAAAUAAAUACUACUCAAUCAAACAAUGAUCAAUCAUCAAUAGGCACCUCAUCUGCUCAAACUAUUCCUAAUAAUACUACAACCACUACCAAAAGCCAAAUUAUCAAAUCACCCGUUCCUAAACCUUCAAUACUACCUAAUGCAACUUUGCAAUCUACAACUUUUAUAAAUGACAAAGCUUCCACCAAACCUCAAAAUUACUCAGAAGCCGCUCGGCAUCAGCUACCAACGCAAAACAAUAAUAAUGUACAAGUGGAAAGGCCUGAUCAAAAACAUAUAGAGUCUGUUCAAAAAAAGAAUCAAGCUGAUUCAACUUUAUCUAUUAAUCAAGUCACUGACAAAUCUGUUGAUAAGAAAAAUAGCAGCGACUUUAACAAACCACAAAAUAACACUAAUCAAUCAAUUGAAAAUCCCAAAGAUACCGAUCAAAAACAAUUAAAUGAUAGUCAAGCUAGACCUAAAUUACCGACUCCUCCAGUCAAAACAUGGACGAGCUUAGCAGCAAAUGGAAUUGACAAGUGGAAGAAUGAUUUGUUAUAUGACAACACCAAAGGACCUUUAUCAAUUGCUACGAUAAACUUCAAAAAAUGUCAUCACAACAGCAACAAAUCGUGA